AAGAAAUUGAAACUGUUUACUCCGUUUUCUCAUCUUCGUCAGCAUUUUUUUCCAAAGCAUGACACGAGUUUUACAGUUGCUAGCGAUCGAGUGAAAUCGAGUGCUCAGUGAUUGAAAGAAAGUGACAAAACAAUAGAAAAUAUUAACUCUUAAUAAUAAGAAAUAUGGCCGGUGCAACGAUGUUGGCGGUGUCUAUGACAAAUCGAAACGAAGGUAUCAACCAGCUCAAUGCAAUUGUUUCCGAUCCAAGUAUCGCCGACGAUGAUGAGGAUAAUAUUCGUAUCAAGGAGCAAGGAAUCUUGCAAUUGGGAGAACUUUACAAAAAGGAAGGCAAGGCUAAAGAAUUGGCUGAUCUUAUAAAAGCUACUAGACCCUUCCUUAGUCUCAUCAGUAAGGCAAAAGCUGCCAAACUCGUAAGGUCCUUGGUCGACUUUUUCCUCGAUUUAGAAGCUGGUAUCGGUAUCGAGGUUCAGUUGUGCAAAGAAUGUAUAGAAUGGGCGAAAGAGGAGCGCAGAACAUUUUUGCGACAAUCGUUGGAGGCAAGAUUGAUAGCACUUUAUUUCGAUACGGGAAUGUUCAGCGAUGCAUUACAAUUGGGAUCGGCACUACUUAAGGAACUGAAAAAAUUGGAUGAUAAACAAUUGCUCGUUGAGGUUCAAUUACUCGAGAGUAAAACUUAUCAUGCACUUAGUAAUCUAUCAAAAGCCAGGGCAGCUUUAACCAGCGCUCGAACUACAGCUAAUGCUAUUUACUGCCCACCAAAAAUGCAAGCCGCCCUUGAUCUUCAAUCGGGAAUUUUGCAUGCAGCUGACGAACGAGAUUUCAAGACUGCUUAUUCCUAUUUCUACGAAGCAUUUGAGGGAUAUGACAGUGUGGAGUGUCCAAAAGCGUUGACAGCACUGAAGUAUAUGUUACUGUCGAAAAUUAUGUUACGAACACCGGAAGACGUUCAGUCAAUAAUGUCUGGAAAAUUGACAGUGAAAUAUGCGGGCAAGGAUUUGGACGCGAUGCGUGCAGUCGCCGAUGCUAGUCACAAGCGUUCACUAGCCGAUUUUCAAGCUGCGGUUAAACAAUAUCGACAGGAACUCGAGGAGGACGUUAUUGUUCGCGCUCAUCUUGGAUCACUAUACGAUUCCAUGUUGGAGCAAAAUCUCUGUCGUAUCGUCGAACCUUAUUCGCGUGUGCAGGUGGCCCACAUAGCGACCUGCAUAUCGUUACCAAUCGCUCAAGUUGAAAAGAAAUUGUCUCAAAUGAUUCUCGACAAGAAAUUGAAGGGUGUCUUGGAUCAGGGCGAAGGUGUGCUCAUCGUAUUCGAGGACACGCCUCGCGAUAAAACCUACGAAAUAGCUCUUGACACGAUACACAGCAUGGGAAAAGUCGUCGAUACUCUUUAUCAGAAAGCCAAGAAGCUCACCUAGCCUUAUUUAAUAUAAUUUUAUAUAUAAAAAAAAUCUAUUAUAAUUAUUGAUUAGCUAACGUCAUUAAAAACUAUUAAUUAACCGUGGUUUUUUCUUGACUAACUUUUUUCAGCUAAUCCGAAAAAAAGCUAUCGCGUCAAUUUGUAAUUUUUUUUGUUUUUCUAUUCGCGUACUUAACAAAACAAUACAUAAUUAUAAUUCUCAUUUUUUUGAUGAGAAUAUUUAAAACAAAAGGGUUUCUGAAAAAUACCCACCUGCUUUUAAAAUUAAUUUAGCCCGAAAUAACUACUUUUUCAAAAAAAAAAAAAAGAAAAAUGGAAAAAUAAAUAAAUAGUGAAAUAAGUGAAUUUAAAAAUAAAAUUUUAAUUACUUGAGCGAUUGUUAUUAUUUUCUACUAGGCGAGAAUUCUCAGGCGCUUCUUCUUCUUUUUAAUCAAAUUCAAAACUUGAGAGUAAUUUCUUAGACUAAUUUUUCUUUGUAUUAUUGAACUGCAAUCGUGAAUAAAUGUUAAUUUGAAACAUUUUUUUUAUUA